AUGGGGCGUCUCAUAAACGGAGUUGGUCUCUUGGCUUUGUUUUGGCUCCAUGUUUUUGUGGUGAAUAAUGUGGCUGCGAGAGAUAGUGUGGGCUUUAGCAAAGAUGUAGAGAAGAAGACCUUGAUAGGAGGAGGCAUUGGCAAAGAUGAAGAACAGAAGACCUUCCUAGGAGGCUUUGGGAGAGGUGGUGGUUUCGGUGGUGGACUUGGUGGAGGCUUUGGGAGAGGUGGUGGACUUGGUGGAGGCUUUGGGAUUGGUGGUGGUUUCGGUGGUGGACGUGGUGGAGGUUUUGGAAAUGGUGGUGGACUUGGUGGGGGCUUUGGCAAUGGCGGUGGACUUGGUGGAGGCUUUGGCAAUGGCGGUGGACUUGGUGGACGCGGAUUCGGAAACGGAUUUGGGUUUGGCGGUGGAGGUCACCACUGA